AUGGAGUGUGGUAUUUUACCAUAUACCAUUAGUGAGAGAGCUGGAUGGCGCAAGAAUCUAACCCACUACUAUUAUUGUCAUUAUUAUUAUUACCAUCUAACCAUUUUUCUUCUAUCCAUUUCAGUAUUAAAUUCGUCCCUGGGCCAAGAAAGGAAGCGCUACCGCUCCGACGAGAACCGAUAUCGUCCGAGCGAUGAUGAUGACACGGAUUCGGCCGAAACGAGCGACCAGUGCCCGGAGCCGAACGGCUACUUCGCUGACGACGAGCAGUGCGACAAGUACUACGCCUGCAAAGAGAAUGCCAUAACUGAGAAACUUUGUCCAGACGGAAUGGUUUUCAAUGACUACGAUCCAAAUGUCGAAAAGUGUGAUCUGCCUUUUAACAUUGACUGCUCUACCAGAUCUAAACUACAGGAGCCCCAGCCAACCCUGCACUGCAGGCGUGCCAACGGUUACUUUGAGCAUGAAAACCCAAAUGUUUGCGACAAGUUCUAUUUUUGUGUUGAUGGAAAGUUUAAUGCCAUCACUUGUCCAGCUGGCCUGGUAUACAACGAGAAGACUGGUAUCUGCACUUGGCCUGAUGAAGCCAAGAAGUCGGGAUGCUUGGCCAAAGAUGUUUUUGCAUUCUCCUGUCCUGCUGUAGCCGAAGCAGAAGCUGGUAAACAUCCUCGUUAUGCAGAUCCAUCAGACUGUCAAUUCUUUUAUGUCUGCAUCAAUGGACAAACACCAAGAAGGUCAGGGUGCAAAUUAGGACAAGCUUUCGAUGAACGUACAAACAGAUGUGAAUGGGCCAGAACUGUACCAAGAUGCAAAGACUGGUACAAAGAUCGUCUGACCGAUGCGGAAUUAGAAGCUCUAGAAAAUCCAGAUGCAGCAGCUCCAGCAGUGGCUCCAAAACAGAAAGGUCCUGGUUCGACCAGGAAUAAAAAUAAGGAUAAUUUAGAAGUAACCGAGGAACAGCAGCAGAGCACUAGGAAGAAUUUGUUCAAUAAUAGCAACAGGAGGAGACAACAGACAAGGGGACAAAGAAGGACCACUACGACUACAACAACUACAGCAGCACCUGCUGAAGAAAUUAUUGAGUACGAGUAUGAAGAAGUAGAGGAGUAAAUGA